AGGAGCCGGUGUAGGAAGUGUGUCUGUGUGUGAGUGUGUGACACGGAGUGUGAGUGUGUGUAGGAGCAGCCGUGUCCUCUGCCGUGUCCUCCACAACUGAGUGUACGUCCAGGAGAGCAGCCCGUGUACACAUGUACGGGAAGAGCCCGGGGUCACCAGCAGCGCGAUGACAACAGGAGCCUGACGGAGAUGUUACUCCUCUUAUAACAGCCGUCAGCCAAGUCUACCCCGACCCGAGGACAGAGGGUGUCCGCCCCACAGCCGCGGCAGCAUAGGGUCGCCUUCAUGUGUAUAUCCUUUUCUUCUUUUACCUGUGACCUGUAUCCCUGCAUUGACUUUUCUAGAAGGUGUCCACAAGAUACAGAACACUUCUUGAUCAUGUCUUCUCGUGACAGACGCCCUGAUCUCUGCAUCAAGGCAGAACCAGGAACGCCAGAAAGCAUUGGACGCCGGAGCCCUAGUGGAUCUAGUGAUAGUAGUGGACAUGGGCCUGAACCACAGGGUCCACGCUGCUGCAGGGCUGGUGAUGAUGAACAAGAAGAUACACCUGGAAGAGGCAAAUAUGUCCUAAACUCCAUCCCUAAAAGGCUCUGCCUUGUGUGUGGCGAUGUGGCGUCUGGAUACCACUAUGGAGUCGCUUCCUGUGAAGCUUGUAAAGCUUUCUUCAAACGUACUAUACAAGGCAAUAUUGAGUACAGCUGUCCUGCUACAAACGAGUGUGAAAUUACCAAACGAAGACGUAAAGCGUGCCAAGCUUGUCGAUUUACUAAGUGUCUUCGGGUGGGCAUGCUUAAGGAAGGGGUGCGUUUAGACCGUGUAAGAGGAGGGAGGCAGAAAUAUAAAAGGAGACCAGAAGGAGACAUUCUACAAUAUACACCAGGAGGACAACAAUCCCAGCAAAGUACAACUGUAGUUAAAAAACAAACUCCAGUGAACACUGUGGUCUCACAUCUGCUGGUGGCAGAGCCCGAUAAGCUAUUUGCUAUGCCAGACCCAGCACUUCCCGAUGGCUACUUAAAAUCCAUGAGCACAUUGUGCGACCUUGCAGAUCGAGAGAUUGUCAUUAUUAUCAGCUGGGCCAAGAAUAUCCCAGGUUUUUCUUCCCUUUCUUUAUCGGACCAGAUGAGUCUCUUGCAGAGCGUCUGGAUGGAGGUUCUCCUCUUGGGAGUCGUGUUUCGCUCCCUUCCUUAUGAAGAUGAAGUUGUGUUUGCUGAGGAUUUUGUCUUGGAUGAGGAAUCCUCACAUUCUGCCCGUCUGUCUGACCUCUGCUCCUGCGUUCUUCAUCUGGUGCGCAAGUAUCGGGCCUUGCGUGUGGAAAGAGAGGAAUAUGUCAUGUUAAAAGCCCUCACCCUUACAAAUUCAGACUCUGUGCACAUUGAAGACCCAGAUGCAGUUUUACGUCUCCGUGAUGCUCUACAAGAAGCACUUGGUGAAUAUGAAUCAAGUCGCCACCCUGAAGAACCCUGUCGUGAUGGGAAAUUGCUUCUUACACUCCCCUUACUUCGUCAGACUGCUGGCAGAGUCCUCCAACACUUCCAUGCCCUACGAGAAGAAGGGACUGUCCCUAUGCACAAGCUUUUCCUAGAGAUGCUAGAAGCCAUGAUGGAUUAAGAUCGAAGGAACCUCAUAAUAGAAAUCCCAUGUACUUUCCUUGUAAAUGACCCAAGGAAUGCAAGCUGGGGCUACAUAAUGAAUGUAUAGGACAUGCAAACCAAGUAAUUUUAUUUUAAUGCACACAUUCUUCCUGUAAUACAUUAUAGACUGAUAAGGAAGAUACCACAGAUUUGGUGCAGGCAUGUAUGCAAUAUGAAAUGGAUAUACAUGGACAUUGUCAAACAUAGCAAGAAGCUAUGUGGCAUCAAAGUGUUAGGUAUUUUUAUUUAAUUUUGCAAAUGGCGGGUAUGCUAUGGUAGAAUAAGCCAUAGGAAGAAAUGCUGGGUGUCCUUCCAUCCCUCAAACAUAUUCUUGAGCCAUAACCUUCUCCCAUGAGCAAGCAAUAGGACACGUCACACCAUUACAAGGCAUUCGGGAAGGCCUUUCACUUUUUUCACGUUUUGUUAUGUUGCAGCCUUUUGCUAAAAAAAAAAAAAAAUUGGUUUCCCCCCAUUAAUCUACACUCUGUACCCCAUAAUGAGAAAGCGAAAACAGUAUUUUAGGAAGGUUUGCAAAUUAUUAUUUUU